CCAAUCUCCGCGGAGUCGGCGCGGGGGUUGGCGGGAGUUGUGUGGUGGGGCGCGGGCCGGCGGGCGCCAUGGCGAGCCGUCGCGGGGCGCUGAUCGUCUUGGAGGGCGUGGACCGCGCGGGCAAGAGCACGCAGGGCCGCAAGCUAGUGUCCGCGCUGUGCGCCGCAGGCCACCGGGCCGAGCUGCUGCGCUUCCCCGAAAGAUCAACUGAAAUCGGCAAACUUCUGAGUUCCUACCUAGAAAAAAAAAAUGAACUGGAAGAUCACUCUGUGCACCUGCUUUUUUCUGCGAACCGCUGGGAACAAGUGCCAUUGAUGAAGGAGAAAUUGAGCCAGGGUGUUACCCUUGUUGUGGACAGAUAUGCAUUUUCUGGUGUUGCCUUUACGAGUGCCAAGGAGAAUUUUUCCCUGGAAUGGUGCAAACAGCCGGAUGUGGGUCUUCCCAAGCCUGAUCUGAUCCUGUUCCUUCAGUUACAACUGGUGGAUGCUGCAGCAAGAGGGGAGUUUGGCCAAGAGCGGUACGAGAAUGGGGCUUCCCAGGAGCGUGCUUUGCAGUGCUUCCACCAGCUCAUGAGAGACACAACCUUGAACUGGAAGGUAGUUGAUGCUUCAAAAAGCAUCGAGGACAUCCAUCAGGAAAUCCGUGCACUAUCUGAAGAUGUCAUCCUCAGUGCCAUGCAGAGGCCACUGGGGGAACUGUGGAAAUAAAUGGAUUUCCUGCUACAGCACCAUGUCCUGCAGUCCUUCUGAAGGUGAGAAGACCUGCAAGCCGCCUGCACUUGAUGCUAUUCAGAUUUCACUGUUUCAGGAACUAUUUCUCCAUGACAGAGACCUUUGAGAGCCACCUUUGGUGACCUGCACUGGAGUGUACCCAGGUCCUAGUGGCAUGGAUGCCAAGGAAAGCAAUGGGUGUGUUUUCCCUUUCCCACUCCUCCAACCUGUAACACAGGUGUUUUCUUACCAAACUCAAUGACUGAGCGGUUUCACUGAGAUCAUUGGAAAUGGCAAAUAGCUGGGGACUUCUUUUGAAUUUCCUACAGGCACUAAUAAGAAUUGGCCUGAAAA